AUGAUGGCGACGACUGCAAGGAGCAGCAGCAUCAGUUUGUGCCUUCGCAGGUGGGAGGCUGGGAAGAUAGAGGGAGUUCCAAAGGUUGGUGUGGUUGUGGGUUGGGCGAGGAAGAGAGAAGUGCGGGGCUUAUGUGUGAAAGGUGAUGGUGAUGGUUAUCAAGUGAGUGUCGAUACGGUUAAUGGGAGGAAGGUUAAUGGGGUGGUGCAUGGGAGUGAUGCUUCUUUGUAUGUGGGGAGGGGUAUGGGGUUGGGGGCUGAGGAUGGGGGUGGGAUGGUCUCUGUUGAUUCCUUUAAGCUUGGAAGGUUUGUGGAGGAUAGGUUUGUUUACAGACAGGCAUUUGUGAUCAGGUCCUAUGAGAUUGGGCCUGACGAGACUGCCACAAUGGAGACACUUAUGAAUCUACUUCAGGAGACAGCUCUGAACCAUGUGAUGAGCUCUGGCCUUGCCAGUGAUGGGUUUGGUGCAACCCAUGAGAUGAACCUAAGGAAACUCAUAUGGGUUGUCACUCGUAUAAACAUCCAAGUUGACAAGUACAGCCGCUGGGGAGAUGUGGUUGAGAUUGAUACUUGGGUUGCAGCAUCUGGGAAAAAUGGGAUGCGUAGAGACUGGAUCAUCCGGGACUACAACACCAAAAGGAUAAUAGCAAGAGCUACAAGCAAGUGGGUAAUGAUGAAUAGAGAAACAAGAAUGUUAUCUAAGAUACCUGAACAGGUGAAGGAAGAAGUUAGACCCUUCUAUUUGGACAGAAAAGUUAUUCAUGAAAGCAGUGACGACAAAAUUGACAAGCUCACCGAUGAAACAGCAGAGAACAUAAUAUCAGGUUUAGCACCAAGAUGGAGCGAUAUGGAUGUCAAUCAGCAUGUGAACAAUGUCAAAUAUAUUGGGUGGAUCUUGGAGAGUGUGCCGAUGAAUGUGUUAGAGGAUUACCAUCUCACAAGCAUCACAUUGCAGUACCGUCGUGAAUGCCGGCAAUCUCAGUUGCUGGAGUCCCUCACAAGCAUGACAACAAGCGACACUGAGGAAAACGCUACUAGAACAAGUUUAUGCAAACCAGAUUUGGGAAGCACCCACCUGCUUCGCUUGCAAGAGGAUAAAGCCGAGGUGAUAAGAGCAAGGGCAGAAUGGCGACGCAAACAGCAAGCAUGACUAUGUUCUUCAACAGCAAAUCUAAGUUUCUUUACAACAGCAACCUUUCAUGAUUCUCCUUUUCUUGUCCCAUGUUCGUUAUUCUUUGCUCAUGAGAGCUUGAACUUGCACAUUUUUGUAGUGCAACUCUCAAAUAUUUCAGUUGUUUUGUUCCAUCAGUGCAUUGCACAGCACAUCUGUUAUUAAUUUGAGCAUCAUAUCACAAGGUUGGGAGUUAAUCCUCCAAA